GCUAGCAAGUCUAAAAUUAGAUGGAUUCUAGAAAUUUGAGAGAAUGUGGAAAUUUGUGGGUUUCAAAGUUUGAGAAUGUGUUUAACUCUUUGCAAACGCAGAUAAUUAUCGUUACAGAUUUCGACGAGACUACACUGAUGCAUGUAUGGUCUCGGUCUUUCUCCCGCAAGGGUAUCCUGACCAUGAUCACAAGCUUUUCCGAGUUGUCACGCCAGAUUAAGAAAUACCAAGGUUACAUCACGCGUCCACUUUACCUUGUCCUUCUCUCCACGAGGGAGACCAUGGAUGAGUUCGCGAUGGCCACCAGACAGAUCGAUAUCUCCUUUCCCGUCUGGUUCGUGAUGUUCCUACCGUACCGAGAAAAUCCUCUACGGAGAGUUUGCCAGAAUCCCGACGGGAAUCCCUUUAAUUUGAUGUUCAACACCGAAAUGCUGGUGCUCUGUUACGAUCUACCGAUCCUGAAAGAAUGGUACGCGUUGCGUGACAAUCGUACCAGAAUUUCCAACUUGGCCACCUGGAAACUUGGCGAGCCGGUGCACGUCACUGCGAAACUCAAUUUUUACGGGAGAAGAAGCAACAUGUUUGGGGAAACGAUGCGUAUUGCGAUCGUCGAGAAGUCCUCGUUCGUCGCGAUGCAAAAUGGCGAGCUGACGUUGUUUUUCGGCCGCCUGGUGCAGGAGUUGGCGAAGUUGAUGAACUUCACGGUCAAAGUGACAGAGAGCAUGACGAAAUACGGAGCUUGGAGCAAGGAGGAAAAAAAAUGGACGGGCAUAAUAGGCGAGGUGGCCUCGAACAGGGUCGAUUUUGGCGUGUCCGAGUUCAGUCUCAGUAGCCAAAGGUUGGACGUGGUGGACUUCACCGUGCCGUUGCUCCUGUCUCGGCACAAGAUAUACUUCAAGAAACCCGAUGUCUCCGUCGUUCAGUGGUCCGCCUACUUCAAGACAUUCCAUGUGGACAUUUGGAUCGCCAUUAUAUGCAUAAUCGUGUCGUCCCCCAUUUUGUUGGCGAUCAUCAAGACGAAGGGUCGCGUAACGAUGCAGGUCCUGUCCGAUAAUUAUAUUUACGUUUGGGGAAUAUAUUGCCAGCAAGGGUUGGCAGAAUUUCCGAGCGAGACUUCGAUGCGAUUAGCCUUCCUAUCGAUUUUUGUAUCAGCUUUAGUUACACUGUCGGCUUAUUCCGCUUCUUUGAUCAGUUAUUUAACGGUCUCCACGACUAGUUUGCCGUUUUCCACGCUGGAAGGAUACGUGGCCGAUGGAUCUUACCAGCUGAUCGCGUUAGAAAACAGCGCGGACUACGACAUGAUAAUCUCCUAUAAACACGGUGUAAUAUCGAAACUGAAGAAACUGUUGAAGAAGAAGCAAGAUUUAGCCCCGACGGUGUACGAAGGUUUCUUGAAAGUCUGUUCCGAGAAAGUGGGCUUUUACGUAACCAGGGCAUUAAAAGAUGCCAUGGGGUCCAUGCCCUGUGAAGUUGUCGACAUAGAUGCAUCCACGUUCGACAGCAUGGCUCUCGUCCUGCCGAAGCACAGUCCGUACACAAACAUCAUAAACUACAAUUUGCAGUGGUUCAAGGACAACGGAGUACUUAAUAAAUUAAAGAACACGUAUUUUAAAAGAAACAGAUCCAACGACAGCUGGUUCAGCAAGGUCUCUUUGGACAGCAUCGCACCAAUUUUAGCUGUACUAGCUGGUGGAAUACUUUUGGCCUGUUUCAUGCUGUUGCUGGAGAAACAGUAUUGCAAGAGCGAUAAACUCGGCUGGAUUUAUCGAUUUUUAUUUUGUAGAACAUACGCUGAGCGAAAUCUCGACGCGAAUCGAAGUGUGCAACGGGGACAGGUUGCAAGGUUCGUGAAAGGCAAAAGAUCAAACAACGAUUACAGCAAUUACUAUGGACAAUAUGAAUGA